AUGUCUGUCGAAACCGAAUUUAGGCCUUUGCUUAGCGUUGGAUUUUUCUUCGCAGCGGUCAUGCUGCUUUUGACGUACCUACAAGCAAAGUUCACCGACAUCUCACCCUCAUCUUCGGAGGAAUUCACGAGCGCAUCAAGAAGCGUAAAGCCAGGCUUGGUGUGCUGUGGGAUUGUCAGCGCAUGGACCUGGAGUGCAACCUUGCUACAAUCAAGUACAGCUGCAUAUACAUUCGGUGUUUCGGGACCUUGGUGGUAUGGUGUCGGAGGAACCAUUCAAUUGGCCAUCUUCGGCAUGGUAGCUGCCAAAGUAAAAAUGAACGCAAACGGAGCUCAUACUUUCCUCGAGAUCGUUCGAGCUCGAUUCGGGAUGGGUCCCCAUAUCCUCUUCACGUUCUAUGCUUUCACCUGCAUCAUGAUGGUAUGCGGUUCGCUACUACUUGGCGGGGCCGCGACAGUCACUGCAUUGACAGGCAUGAACACAGUAGCUGCAUGUUUCUUACUUCCAAUCGGGAUUGCGAUAUAUGUCCUUGUUGGUGGCCUUCGUGCGACUUUUAUAUGCGAUUGGAGCCAUACAGUGAUUCUAUUUGUCGUCAUCUACAUCUUUCUCUUCCGGGCCUAUGGUACUUCGUCGGACACAGGUGGUCUAUCAGGUUUAUACGACCUCCUGGUGGCAGCAGGAGAAGAAACGCCAGUCGAGGGGAAUCAAAAUGGCAGUUACCUGACCAUGAAGAGCAACCAAGGAUUAGUAUUCGGCGCCGCGACCAUUCUGUCUGGAUUCUCUGGCGUGUUUUGUGAUCAAGGUUAUUGGCAGCGUGCAAUCGCAAGCCACCCUUCCUCGACGACAAAGGCAUAUGUAGGCGUUCUUUUCUCUGCUGUCGUACUGUUUAAAAGAGCACGUUUCUAUCAGAUGCUGGGUGGCCUUUCCUGGUUUGCCAUCCCUUUCGCUUUUGCCUCAUGUCUAGGCUUAGCAGCAAGGGCACUAUUGCACCAUCCGGAUUUCCCCACAUACCCUAACCCGCUCUCCGAGUCUCAGACGAGUGCGGGGUUAGCUGCCCCUGCAGCAGCGGCAGUAUUGAUGGGAAAGGGUGGUGCCGUUGCCGUGUUGUUGGUGGUAUUCAUGGCCGUAACCUCUGCUGCGAGCGCAGAGCUCAUUGCCGUUUCAAGCCUCUUCAUCUACCGAACUUACUUCAAACCGAGUGCUAAAGGAGCUGAGAUUGUUCGUGUCUCUCACUACUUUAUCUGCUUCUGGGCCGUGUGGAUGGGUUGCUGGGCCGUUAUCCUGAAUAAGGCUGGCGUAGAUCUCGGUUGGCUUUUCUACGUUCAAGGAGUCAUCCUGAGUCCAGCCGUCAUUCCGAUCACCCUGACCGUAACUUGGCGAAAGCUGACAUCGAUUGCGAUAUGCCUUGGCGCGAUACUGGGUGCAGUCCUGGGCCUGACAGCUUGGAUCAUUGGGUGCUGGAAAAUUUACGGUAUCAUCAACAUCACGAAUCUAGCAAAACCAUACUCGGCUGUGUGCAGCGGCCUCACAGGUUUUCUGUUUUCCGGGAUUAUCACUGUUUGUAUAUCAUUGUUAAAUCCAGCAAAUUAUGAUUUCCAAGGCACCAGGGGAAUCGCUCGUUUGGACGACUCUGACGACAGUGAUGGAGCCUCCGAGAAUGUACAGGACAAGAAGGACGAUGUCAAUACAGCCGUAGAAGCCGACGAGGCAGGAUCCCAGGCCUUUAAAAGUGAACUAGACAUGAAAACGCUGCAAGCCGCGUUCAAGAGAGCCGCUUAUUAUUCUUUAACAUUGACUACGAUCGUGGCAAUCAUUGUACCCAUUCCUAUGUUCUUUUCCCAUUAUGUCUAUGAUAAACAAUUUUAUAAAUUUUGGGCCUCGGUUACCAUCAUAUGGGCUUUGAUGAGUGGAACUUGGUCGGUGUUGCUUCCCAUCUGGGAAUCAAAAGACCAGAUCGCGCACAUUCUAUAUGGGAGUUACCAAGCCAUGAGAGGCCAAAGGGUACCAUGAAGCACCGUUGUCCCAUUGAGGGAUUGCGUGGAAUCCAGUCAUGCGGUACUUUGACUGAAGAGGUUAGCUGUAACUAUCCCAGUAUAUCUCAUAUAUGGUACAGUUACACAUAUGCUUGCUGUAUGUAGCGUAGUCGGAUAUCCUUCUCUCCCGGCAUCUUAGGUACUGAGUGCACAUGUUGCUGAACAAGCUUGUUAGGCACCCCCUCUUACACUCGAAUGCCAGCAAGAAUAGAAUCAACUAGUUUUUC